AACUGACGCUAUACAGGCAUGGACCUGACUCCAAAACCGGACAAUAACAGACUCUGUUCUUUGAUCAUGGCCUAGCAAUCAAUAAUGAAGUCGUGUUGGUCAUCGAGAACACUUGUCCUCGUAUUAGGGUUUUUCUUUUGCACUGAAAUUCGUGGAGUUGUGUAUAAAUCCAUAGUCUGGAGCCCAGAGAAUCCAAUUUUCAAGGCAAACAAGCUUAAAUGUGUCUCCCUAAAAUCAAGACUCAACAUAAUAUGCCCCAUUCUCUCGCUCAUCGUCUCCGACACAGACAGUCCACCAGCCAAAGAAAACCUCUACGAAAACCUAUGGCUGGUUGACCAAGCAGCUUAUGAUAGCUGCAAUAUUACUAAGCAGGAUAAUAACAAUAAGCAGUUGUUGGUGUGUAAUACUCCUCUUCAGAUGAAGCAUUAUACGAUAGCCUUCGUCGAGAUGAGUCCAACAGUCCAGGGACAUGAGUUUGAGCCUGGGAAGGAUUACUAUCUUAUUGGGACUUCCGAUGGAACGCCGAGCUCAUUAAUCAACACCGAAGGAGGUCACUGCAAAACAAAAAAAAUGAAGAUGCACUUUCACGUCUGCAACGAUAGCAAAGAUCCUCACUGCCUCAGCGAGGAAAACUGCCAGAAGCUAUUGACAAAACAUAUUGGUGAUUCAGAGCCUGGGAGAGAGCCAAGCGAACCAGAAAUUAAUACCGAUCAUUCUACGGUUGAACCUCUUUCAACGAUUUCACCAUCUCCACCUUACGCCCCCAACGACGCUUUCCCGCCAAACAGGCAGCACAUGGACGCGUCCAAAGAAGCUAGUUACCGCUUGGGCAUAAGCCUGUUAAUAUUGAUUUGCCUAUCGUUACUAGCCCUCUCAGCGUACCUGGGUUACCGCCUCCACAGGAAGACCAAAGAAGAAUCCACUUGUAUAACAAACAAAAACUUUGAAGUGCGCAUGUCACGUGCUAGUGAGGGCGCUGACUCGACAGAUGGUGAAGAUUCAAGAACAUUGAUCUCAAGACGGAAUUCUGAUAAGGUCUAGAUAUAAAGAAGACACUUUGAGGUUAACUAUUCAGAAGGCGAUAUAUAGAAGUUGUUGUUACAGUUAGUGGGAGGAAAAAUCGCUCUGUCAACGAGCUCUAAUGCGUCAGCAGUCACAUGAAUAUUGUGAGCGAUUCAUGGAUUUUUGAGAUCCGGCGAUAAGCUUUCAUAGCGCUCGCAAAUACGUUCGUGCUCGCCUGAUUUUGCUAUAAAAAUGGUUCAAGAAGAUCCCAAAAUUUGCUACAAAAGAGUAGAGGAUAAACUCAUUGCUUAAACGUUAAGCCAGAAAUAUUUCUAAGGCUUUUAAGUGGGACGUCACUCGUUAUGGAAAAAACGAUUUCCGGGUCCAAAACGAAACGCAGUUAAUCUUAUAAAGAUGUUUAUUUCAGUUUCUUCAUGACAAAGUUCUUAUUGUUUAAGGUGAAGGUUAAAUUAUUGAGAAAAUUUUUUGCUUUA